AUGGUGUUUUUGGUCAUAUUUCAUGCAUGUGUUUCUGAGUGGUUUUCUAGAAGAGGAGGAAGCGGAGCAAUGAUUGAUAGGGGAAGAAGAAGAAUUUCCAAAAUUGAUUUGGAGAAUCUUCCAUGUUAUGAUUAUGUUGUUGAUCAUAGAACUAGCACUAUUGAUUGUGCAAUUUGCUUGGAGAAUUUCACUAUUGGGGAUAAAUGUAGAUUGUUACCUAUUUGCAAGCAUAGCUUUCAUGCUCAAUGUGUGGAUCAAUGGCUUUUGAAGCAUCCCAUUUGUCCAAUUUGUAGAUCUAUGGUUGGUUCUCAUAGUGGAGACAAAGUUGUUAUAGGUAACAAUGGAAGAUAA